AGACUUUUUGACUUGGGGCUCAAGUAGGUAGCAAAACGACGACGCAGAAUGGAUAUAUAUCCAGGCGUCGGGAAUUCGCAGUUCUAUCGGCUCGCUUCUCCGAAUUGCCCUGCAACAUUGGUUAAAUUUGCGGCCGUAACACUCCAAUCAAGGAAUCAAUUCAAAUCCUUGCAAGUUCUUCGUUCGCUUACACAGUCGGGCUUAUCCAUGGAAUUUCCUCCUGAUGGCUACAGAAGAAAUGUGGGAAUUUGCCUCGUUAACCCCUCUAGAAAGAUAUUUGCGGCCUCGAGGAUUAACGUUCCAGACACCUGGCAAAUGCCGCAGGGUGGUGCUGAUGAAGGCGAAGAUCUUAGAAAUGCGGCCCUGAGAGAGUUGAGAGAAGAAACAGGAGUCACUUCAGCAGAAUUUGUUGCUGAGGUGCCUUAUUGGUUGACAUAUGAUUUUCCAUUUGAAGCUAAAGGUAGAAUCAAUCGCCAUUGGGGCACAAGCUAUAAAGGUCAAGCACAAAAGUGGUUUCUUUUUAAGUUCACUGGAAGAGAUGAAGAGAUCAAUCUCAUGGGUGAUGGAUCUGAAAAGCCGGAAUUUAAGGAGUGGUCUUGGAUGUUUCCAGAACAAGUGUUAGAGCUUGCUGUGUUUUUCAAGAAGCCUAUCUAUGAACAAGUUCUGAAGGUGUUUAGUCCCUAUCUUGUGGAAGAUGUGAACUACGGAAAAUAAUCUUCACAUGAAAAAGAGAAGCUGAUUGCAAAGAAGUGCACCGGGAAGUUAUGUGGUUUUCAUGAGGCAUUUUUCAGAUAGUUCUCACUGGGAUUUCUUUAGAUUUAGCAGUCACAUGGGACAGAAUGUUCCUUUUUGUUAAGUGUUAAAUGGCCAAAUUGUUCUGGGUUACCUGAAAAAGAGAAGCUGAUUGCUGAGAAGUGCCCCAGGAAGUUCCAAUGGUUUAAUGAGGAAGUUUCAAGUAGUUGUAACUGGAUUUUCUUUUAAUCUAGCAAUUACAUGGAACAGAAUGUUCCUUUUCUUAAAUUUUUAAAGAACAAUUGCCCUCGGUUAUUAUUGCUUUCAAUGUUUCAGAUAUAAUACCAUAUCAGGAAAAAGGUCCUUUUCUCUGAUAAAAUA